AUGAAGUCCUUGAGCUCGUAAUGAAUAUAAAUUAAAAACUACCGCUUCCGCUAGCUUACCUUAAGACCAAUUAGCUAUUUUGGCCAGUUCUGGACGUUUGACGUUAUUCUUGUGUGUUUUUACGUUCGUCAUGUACCGACAUUUAUGUUGAAAGAAACCGGAAGUGAACCGUGUUACGUCAGCGAGCUUGACACAGGUCGGUGCAGCUCAUCACAACAUCGCAGCUUUGUUCGCUUGGAAUCUUCGAUGAAGUGUUGAAGAAAGCGGACCAUGUCCACCAUGGUGUAUCCUGGAGAAGAACCCCUGGAGCGCCUGAGCCAGGAUGAGAUCGUCCUCAACACCAAGGCUGUCAUGCAGGGCUUGGAGGCGCUGCGUGGCGAGCACGCUCAGCUCCUCAAUUCGCUCCUCGACUGCGCUCAGCCUCCCGCCUCGCAGGAGAAGUCAGGUCUUCUGAGGAAGAGCAUGGAGGCCAUUGAGCUGGGCCUGGGAGAAGCUCAAGUGAUCGUUGCUCUGUCGGGCCACCUGAGCGCCGUGGAGUCGGAGAAGCAGAAGCUGCGCGCUCAAGUGCGGCGCCUGUGUCAGGAGAACCAAUGGCUGCGCGACGAGCUGGCGGCCACGCAGCAUAAGUUGCAGCGCAGCGAGCAGAGCGUGGCUCAGCUGGAGGAGGAGAAAAAACACCUGGAGUUCAUGAACCACAUCAAGAAGCUGGACGACGACCCGUCGCCGUGUGAGGAGAAGCCAGGCGAGACGUCCAAGGACAGCCUGGACGACUUGUUCCCCAACGAGGACGAGCAAGGCGCAGCUCAGCCCAGCGGCGAGGUUGCGGCGCAGCAGGGCGGCUACGAAAUCCCGGCCCGUCUCAGGACUCUGCACAACCUGGUGAUCCAGUACGCCUCGCAGGGUCGCUACGAGGUGGCCGUGCCGCUCUGCAAGCAGGCCUUGGAGGACCUGGAGAAAACAUCGGGUCACGAUCACCCCGAUGUGGCCACCAUGCUCAACAUCCUGGCGCUGGUCUACAGGGACCAGAACAAGUACAAAGAAGCCGCCCACCUCCUGAAUGACGCCCUCGCCAUCAGAGAGAAGACUUUGGGUAAAGACCACCCGGCCGUGGCGGCCACCCUCAACAACCUGGCGGUUCUGUACGGCAAAAGGGGCAAAUACAAAGAGGCGGAGCCUCUGUGUAAGCGAGCACUGGAGAUCAGAGAGAAGGUUUUAGGGAAGUACCAUCCGGACGUGGCCAAGCAGCUUAAUAACCUGGCGCUGCUGUGCCAGAACCAGGCCAAGUACGACGAGGUGGAGUACUACUACGGCCGCGCUCUGGAGAUCUACCAGUCCAAGCUGGGCGCCGAUGACCCCAACGUGGCCAAGACCAAAAACAACCUGGCUACGUGUUACCUCAAGCAAGGCAAGUUCAAAGACGCGGAGACGCUCUACAAGGAGAUCCUGACCCGAGCGCACGAGCGGGAAUUUGGCUCCGUUAACAACGACAACAAGCCGAUUUGGAUGCAUGCGGAGGAACGCGAGGAGAGCAAGGGCAACUGCAAGGAGGCGGGGCCUUACGUGGAGUACGGUAGCUGGUACAAAGCCUGCAAGGUGGACAGCCCGACGGUCAACACCACCCUCAAGAGUCUGGGUGCCCUGUAUCGCCGCCAAGGCAAACUGGAGGCGGCUCAAACGCUGGAGGAGUGCGCCAGCAAGUCCCGCAAGCAGGUGGCGCCGCAGAGUGCUUCCAUAGAAAGGUCUUGUAGGCUAACAUCUCAACAUGCGCUCCUUCAGGGUUUCGACGCCAUCAACCAGAGCAAGGUGGUGGAGCUACUGAAGGACGGAGGAGAGCGCCGACAGAGCAGAGAAGGAGGCAACGGCACUCGGGGGCCGAGCGAGGCUGACGACUCUGCAGAGUGGAAUGGGGACGGGAGCGGGUCUCUGCGCCGCAGUGGCUCCUUUGGGAAGAUUCGUGACGCUCUGAGGAGGAGUAGCGAGAUGCUGGUGAAGAAGCUUCAAGGCAGCGGACCGCAAGAAGCUCGCAACCCGGGGAUGAAGAGAGCGAGCUCGCUCAACUUCCUCAACAAGAGCACCGAAGACGCCGCGCAGGCCGCUAACUCGCCAACCCUCUCAGACUGUCGAGGACUCAGCGCCAGCAACGUGGACCUGACCAGACGCAGCUCCCUGAUUGGCUAGAUGUAGCCCGGAGGCGGGGCUUCACACGACUCGGUAUUUGAUGGUACGACACAGCUAAAGCCCAAUGGUAGUUUUUUUUUUUUUUUUGUUUGUCAACAUGCCACAUCACUGCUGUGCUGUACAUUCCCCACUCGGCAUGUGCGCACUUGAACGCCUCACGAUGCUAACCUAUCCUGGGCUGUGUACAUAGUCUGUAUAUAUAUAUAAAUAUAUAUAUAAAUGCACAUUGUCGUGCGCGUAGCUGCUUCCUCACCCUGGAGGUGAUGCGACUGUAUCUGUCGUCAUGGUGACACAUCACCACAUUGCUCUUAUGAGUUGCCGGCUUCCUGUUGUGUAUGAAAAAUCAAACAUGGAGUGCUUCCCGCAUUUACGGUGCUGCGAGGCUAGUCAGCAGGUAUCAUGUAAGCAAUCAUUAAUUAGUCGUUAUUAUUAUUAUCCAAUUAGCGGGAACAAUGCUGACCUUCAAGGAUGUUGUCAACAUGUUUCAGUAAAUAAAAGUGCAGCCUAACAUUAUUGUAAUGUCUGCAUUACUACACACACAUACACACACAUACACACACACCGUUGUUGACAUUGUUAGCGAAAUGGGACGCACACCAAAAGUGCUUUGCUGGUUAAAAUGUGACAGGUUUUAUUUCAAGUUUUGUUUCCGGAGGAGGAGCAGGAGGAGGAGGAGGAGCACAGACGAAGGUCACACAUCAGCAUUUGGCUUGACAACAAGGUCAAGCCCACCGUACCAUCGUCACAACCUUCCAGAUGAUGCAUCUUGUCAGCACUCGUGCGCCUUAAGACUCCAAAAAGAGGCUCCAUUUCUCUUCAUUCCCCACGCCGCUUUAUUUACACCUGUAGUUACCCACAAUGCUUUGCAUUUGAACAUGACAUCGUUGCUCUCAUCCCUCCUCCAGAUCCACACUGUGUGUAUAUAUAUAUGUGUGUGUGUGUGUGUGUGUGUGUGUGAG